CUGGUAGCUAUGGCAGCGGACUCAGAGGCGACCGCUCGUCUGACCUGUCCAACUGGAGCUGGACGGGAGGAAGGUGAACAUGUCAAACCUUUUACGCCAGAGAAAGCAAAAGAAAUUAUAAUGUCUUUACAACAACCUGCAAUCUUCUGUAACAUGGUUUGUGAUUGGCCGUCACGGCACUGGAAUGCUACACACCUUUCUGAGGUCCUCCGUGGCAAGCAGAUGCGAUUCAGGAUGGGAAUGAAAAGCAUAAGCACAGUUCCUCAGUUUGAAACUACAUGUAGUUACGUAGAAGCUACACUUGAAGAGUUUCUGUCCUGGAACUGUGACUAUUCUAGUCUUUCUGGACCAUUUAGAGAUUAUGAUCAUUCCAAAUUCUGGGCUUAUGCUGAUUAUAAAUAUUUCAUAAGUCUAUUUGAAGACAAGACAGAUAUUUUCCAGGAUGUGAAAUGGUCUGACUUUGGGUUUCCUGGAAGAAAUGGACGGGAAAGUACCUUGUGGAUUGGCUCCUUGGGGUCCCAUACACCCUGCCAUCUGGACUCCUAUGGCUGCAACUUAGUGUUCCAGGUACAAGGAAGGAAAAGAUGGCAUCUCUUUCCUCCUGAAGAUACUCCUUUGCUUUAUCCAACUAGAAUCCCUUAUGAAGAAUCUAGUGUGUUCAGUAAAAUCAAUGUUGUCAACCCUGAUUUAAAGCGUUUUCCUGAGUUCCGGAAAGCUCAAAGACAUACAGUUACACUGAGCCCAGGCCAGGUUCUCUUUGUUCCCAGACACUGGUGGCAUUAUGUAGAAUCCAUUGAUCCUGUCACUGUCAGUAUAAACUCAUGGAUUGAGCUGGAAGAGGAUCACCUAGCUCGGGUAGAGGAGGCAAUCACUCGCAUGCUUGUCUGUGCCCUAAAAACCGCAGAGAAUCCGCAAAAUACUAGAGCUUGGUUAAACCCUACUGAGGUUGAGGAAACAUCCCAUGAAGUGAAUUGUCACUACUUAAAUGGAGCUGUUUCUGCCCUUUUUGAUCAUUACAGAACAUCUAAGGUACGAGAAACCCAAGCAUUGGGAACAAACACAGAGCCCACCAAAGAGGAAGAAUUAAAUGUGAACAGCCACAUGGGCCAAACAUACAGUCAGAACUCAACCAAGGGAGCAGUAAAACCAGAGACAGCGAGUCCCUUUGGCCCUGGUCUGGUCCCUGUAACACAGAGGUCUGAAGAACAAUAUUCAGAAGGAGGAGGAGGCCUGUUUGAAUGUGAUGGUAAAGACUUGGACGACAAAGAUGGAGAACAGAUUGGAAAAUUGCAUUGUGCCAGAAGGCACCAAAUGAUAAGUCAUAGUGAGGAUGCAAUUAUGGAACAAAUUGCUUCAAAUAGAACCACAGCCCCUUCUAAAACAUUUAUUUCUACAGAUGACUUGCUGGACUGCUUAGUGAAUCCACAGGUAACCAGGAUAGUGGCACAACUUUUGAUACAAGGAAGAAGUUUGUGAUCUUAAUAGAUGACUUCUUAAAUAAUGUUUUCAAAAUUACAUAUUUUUGAAUAGUAUAAUUGUGAAAUAAAAGAUGGAA